UCCUCUCGUUGGUAUUGCAGAAGAAGAAAGUUAACAUUUAUAUUAUACGAAUAUGAAUUAACAAAAAAGAAUAAGAUAAAAUUACUUUGAAAAGAAAAUGCUGAAAUUUGCUAUAAACGGACUAUACAAACAAUGUCAAGCGCAUUCCAAACGGCAUCUCCAUUUGAUUCCAAUGGUUGUAGAACAAACUGGAAGGGGCGAACGUGCUUAUGACAUUUACUCGCGUCUACUUAAGGAGAGAAUUAUAUGUUUAAUGGGACAUAUUAACGAUGAUAUAAGUUCUUUGGUGGUAGCCCAGCUUUUGUAUUUGCAGUCCGAAAAUGCAAACAAACCGAUACAUUUAUAUAUAAAUUCGCCGGGUGGUGUCGUAACGGCGGGACUUGCCAUAUAUGAUACGAUGCAAUAUGUGAAACCAGCUAUUGCCACAUGGUGCGUUGGACAAGCUUGUUCAAUGGGUUCGUUACUAUUGACAGCCGGAGAACCGGGAAUGCGAUAUUCGUUACCAAACGCGCGAAUCAUGAUUCAUCAACCUUCUGGAGGCGCUCAGGGCCAGGCUACUGAUAUACAAAUUCAAGCCAAAGAAAUUAUUAAACUUAAAGAACAACUAACUAAUAUCUAUGUGAAACACACAAUGCAAUCCUACGAAAGACUCCACGAACGUAUGGAGAGAGACAGUUACAUGAGCCCUGAGGAGGCUAAAGAUAUGGGUCUUGUUGAUCACGUUCUGGUGCAUCCACCAGCACCAGAUACUAACACCAUUACAGCUCCUACGUCUGAUGAAGAGGAUAAAAAGGAUAUAUAGCUAAAUUCGUUUUUCUACAUAUUGAAGCUGAAGCAAUUUGACAAUCAACUGCGAUGGAUUCCACAGUGUUUAUUUAAUAAUAAUGAUUUUUGUACAGUUAAAGUUAACGUAUAGUAAGACAAAAGAGCUGGUGAUGGUAUGAUCUUAUUGAUGGAUGACUGUACUGUCCAGAUUAUUGUUCAUAGGGAAUAUCUUUGGGUUUAUUAUGUCUUAUGGAGAACAAUUAAACAAUAGUAAACUCACACCUAUGCGAUACUUAUGGAAUAGAAGGCCAUCAUCGCUUUAACAAGUCCGGAUCCUUGUCUGGAUGCUAGUUAUUAAUUCUCUAAAAUUCGGGGAGACAGCACACCUUUCAACUUCCCCUUUACUGACUUCUUUUUUUCUACAAAUUUACCUUGUACGUCACCCAACCGGCUUUCAUCUUCGAUCAGUAAUAUAUUAUCAAGCGCAGCAGAAAGCUGGAACUAUUAGUUAAUAUUUAGUUGUCUCCUUUUCAAUUAAAUCUUUGUACUUUGUCACAGGAAACACUGACAGUACGUCCAUUUUUCAAUAGUUUGCGUUUAGUGGCGUCCGUCCUAAAAAAGCCUAACCUUACACAACCAAAUUCUUCAUAACCAAUUACAAAUGUGAUCUUCUGCACCAGCUAUAACGAAAAACUUUUUUCGAAUUUGUGUUUAUUGAGUAGCUAAUGGGGUGAUAUCUUCAAUGCAAUAUUAUUUCAACAAGAAGCGUCGACGUUGCCAGUAGUUAUUUUUUUACAAAGUACAACAAUAACGAGCCUAAAUUGUUUCGACAUGACUUACUUUUUUCUCAUCUAUUUUGACCUGAAAUAAUUCUCAAAUGAUUUGUGCCCAAAGCAAUUAUUUCCACAUCUCGAUUCUGUCAGGAUGUUAAUACGCAAUGACUGGUCGCUCCCAAGCUGGACGAAUUACGAGAUCUUCCCUACGGAAACCAUCAACAAAAAGGAGAAGCCAAAAGUACCGCUGUGGUCAUAACCGUGAGAAUAUACCUAACCUCACUCUAAAUGAGCUUUGUGCACGUUGAGCUUCAAUAUUUUUGUAAACGUUAAAUGACCACUUAAAUUUGCUAAUUACAGAAUAUUUGAUUUCAGUAAUAAAAGAUAUGUUAAUUUAUAAAAGCAUAUUUCUCAUGUGCGUAUUUAUGGGGACGUGGUCCCAAAACGCAGCCUAAUCUAAUCUAAUCUACUACAAGUUUAAUCCUUACAUAGGGAAGGAUUCAAAAAUAGUUGUAUAUGAUCCAAAUUGU